AUGGUUAAUACCAAAUCUGCUUUAUUCACAGCAGCCUGUGUGCUGUCUAUGUUUACCAGUUUUACUCUGGCCCAAACUUUCACCGGUAACCAAGUCUUACAUGGUUUAACUUAUUUCAUUCUACCAGUUAGUGUCACUUCUGGUUCUAAUUUAAUUAUUCAAUCUGGUCUAUUCCACAAGUUCUGGGUUAGUGUCACUAACAGAGGUGGCCUUUACAUCUGUGAAACUAAAUCUUCUAACAUUGGUAUGACUGUCAUGACUUUAGGUAACACCUUCAACUAUGGUACUUAUGUCAUCGAUGACUCCUUAGCUGCUACUGGUCUAAUUUACGAAUCUUUCGGUGUUGAAUUCUUCAACUCUGGUGACUUCUUCCUAGUCGGUAAGAAACCUUUCAUCAUUGGUUCUCACUACAGAAUCUGGGCUGCCAGUUUCCACAACUCUGGUUUGAUGGCUUUCUAUCAAACUGGUACUUCUGACCACUGGUCCUCUGUUGAAUUGGGUCCAGACACUCUAUUGGAUCUAUUACACAUUACAAACACCGGUACUAUCUGUCUAAAGAGUGUCAACCUACACGCUAGAGUUGCUUUCGAAGGUGAAACCGGUUGUGUGGAUGUUGGUGCUUAUGCUACAUUGACCAUCAACCACUUGAUCUCCAGAUCUUUGAAGUCUCAAACCAUUUACAUGUCUGAUGAAACUUCUGUUGUUUACAUUAAGUCUCUAUUAGGUUUAACAAGUUUGACCAUUAGAGGUUUCGGUGGUACCAACAGAAUUUACUUUAGACUAACCAUGACUUACUGGACUUACAACAAUGUCUCUGGUAUUCUAACUGUUAUUGAUGGUCUAAACUUAUUCAAGAUCGACAUUGGUCCAAACUAUAAAUUCGACCAAUUCCACAGAGUCACCAGUCACUUGAAAUUAGGUUCCGGUAUUACUUACAUCCCUGACUCUCCAGAUUCUUCUAGACCAGAAAACUGUCGUGAAUGUAUUCCAAACCCAACUUGUGACGAUGCUUUGAACGGUAAGUCUUCUGUUACCACUGCUUCCAACUCUUUCACUAACACAGAAGUUCCAGCUCCAUACACUACUACUUACACUGACGCUACUACUACCGAAACUCAUUUAGUUUCUUUCUACUGGACUACUGACAUCAAUGGUUCCUCUUUCAUUGUCGAGACUAUUUACACUUUAACUGGUGAAGGUGCUUCCUCAUCUAUCGAUGGUGCAUCUACCUCUUCUCAAGUUUCUUCUACUGAAUCUUCUUCUGUUGUUGCUUCCUCUGAUGCUUCCUCUUCUGUUGUUGCUUCCUCUGCCGUUUCAUCUUCUGUUGUUGCUUCAUCUGAUGCUUCCUCUGCUGUUGAUGCUUCCUCUCAAGUUUCUUCCUCUUCUUCUGGUUCUCUAUCUUACUACACCACCACCAAGACUGAUGCAACUACCACUGAAACUCUAGUCAUCUCUGACUACACCACUACUGAUAACAACGGUAACACCAUCACGAUGGAAUCUACCUACACUAUCACUGCUUCUCAAACUCCAUUGACUACAUACACCACUACUGUUGUUAUUGACGGUACAACUUCUGUCUAUGUUGUCUGUGACUACACUACCACUGACGCUAACGGUAACACUGUCACUCUAGUUUCAUCUUACCCAUGUAUUGCUGAAGGUACUGCUACCACUUACACUAGAACUAUCACUGCUGAAAUCUGUACUUCCACUGUUGUUGUCUGUACUUGUACUUCUACUAAGUCUAACGGUGAAACUGUCUCUACUUUGACCACCUACCCAGCUACUUACACUCCAACUGACAUGUCUGGUAACUCUUACACAACUACUGUCGUUGUUGGCGGUACUGUCACUGAAGUUGUCGAAUGUGAUUACUUAACCACUGAUGCUAGCGGUAACACUUACACUGCUCACUCUACUGUCGCAGAUACAUCUUUGACUACUACCAUUACCAACACCUCUGUUGCUACUAAGACUGCUCCAGCUGUUGUUGUUGCUCCAAAUUCUGCUAAUAAUGCCGAUGCUUCCCAUACCAUUGCUUCCUUCGAAGGUUCCGGUGCUAUUAUCAAGGGUUCUUUGAUCUCCUUGAUCUCAACUUUCCUAUUCUUGAUGAUCUAA